AUGUGGCCGUUACGCUGGCAGGUGGUGGCUGCUGUAGCCGGGGGCCUAGCGCUGGCCCUGGAGACGCUACCCACUGUGCUGCGCUGGCUGUGGGCCGGGCGGCGGCGGCGGCGGCGGCCGCGGCGCGAGGUGCUGUUCUUCCCGUCGCAGGUGACGUGCACCGAGGCCCUGUUGCGGGUCCCGGGCGCCGCGCCCUCGGGCUGCCAGUGCAACCUGCCCCACGGCGAGAGCUCGCUGAGCCGCCUGUUGCGCGCCCUGCUGGCUGCCCGCGCCAGCCUCGAGCUCUGCCUGUUCGCCUUCUCCAGCCCGCAGCUGGGCCGCGCAGUACAGCUGCUGCACCAACGCGGGGUGCGCGUCCGCGUGGUCACCGACUGCGACUACAUGGCCCUCAGUGGCUCACAGAUCGGGCUGCUCCGCAAGGCAGGGAUCCAGGUCCGGCACGACCAGGAUCUGGGCUACAUGCACCACAAGUUCGCGAUCGUGGACAGGAGGGUGCUGAUCACGGGCUCGCUGAACUGGACCACUCAGGCCAUUCAGAGCAACCGGGAGAACGUGCUCGUCAUGGAGGACGAGGAGUACGUGCGGCUCUUUCUGGAAGAAUUUGAGCGGAUCUGGGAGGAGUUUAACCCGACCAAGUACACCUUUUUCCCUCAAAAAAAGAGAAGUCGCUGAGAUGCCUGCACGUGGGGAGGUGGGGCCGGUGUCCCUCGAGGUGGAGCGACCCUGGGGGGCCACGGCGACAUUCCCGCUAGGAGCCGCACGCUUCCGGGGCCGGAAUCGACGUUCUGUGCAAGGAAAGCCAGUCCCGUUAAAUUCCCCUUUGUUAAAUGGUACAGUUCCUUAGAGAGUGUCGGGGUUUACGAGGAAGAGGCCAUGCUGCAGCGGAAGGGCGGGUUUUUGGACCGCGUGCCGGGUGCCCCCGUCAGGGUUGCGCAUGCAGGGAGGGGCCAGCGCCUCGUCAUGGAGGCCGAUCCGAGCCCCUUUCCUGGUUCUGGGGCCUCCCCGGCUUCCCCU